GGGAAGAGGAGGGGAGAGGAUCACUGAGCACAGCGAGUGACUGGACUGUGUAUUGAAGGUGAAGAUCAGCACCACGAAGAGACAACAGUAGGAGACGUUGUAAAGGCCAUGGAGGUUCCGCGUGUGGACGACAGCACCAGCGGCCCUGUCAGCCGCUGCGACAAUAUGAUGAAGAACCUGGACCUGAUGCAGCUGAGUGACAGGGAAGGAAACAACUCUCAGGACAGCAGCAUCGCGGAAAAGGAGGAUCUUCCUGUUCCUCAGAACGUCAAGAUCACCAACAUCACCUGUGACUCCUUCAAGAUCAACUGGGACAUGGAGUGUGGAGCCAAGGACCGCAUCACUAACUACUUCAUAGACCUCAAUAAGAAGGAGCACAACAUCUCCAACAAGUUCAAACACAAGGAUGUCCCCACUAAGCUGGUGGCGAAGGCGGUGCCACUGCCCAUGACAGUGAGAGGACACUGGUUCCUGAGCCCCAGGACAGAUUACACUGUAGCUGUCCAGACGGCCUCCAAACAGAGUGACGGGAACUAUGCUGUCUCUGAAUGGAGUGAGAUCAUCGAAUUCUACACUGCAGACUACUCUACGGUGCAUCUGACCCAGUUGCUGGAGAAGGCCGAGGGGAUAGCUGGUAGGAUGUUGAGGUUCUCCGUGUUUUAUCGGAACCAGCAGAAGGACUACUUCAACAAAACCAGAGAGACACAGGCCAACCGGAUGCUCCCGGCUGUAAAGGACAACAGUGGCAGCCACGGCUCUCCCAUCAGUGGCAAGCUGGAAGGCAUCUACUUCAGCUGCAACACGGAGUUCAACACAGGCAAGCCCCCCCAGGACUCCCCCUACGGACGCUACCGCUUCGAGAUCCAGGCCGAGGCCCUGUUCCACACCAGGACCAACCUGUACUUCGGGGACUUCUACUGCAUGUACACAGCCUACCAUUACGUGAUCCUGGUGCUGGCCCCAGAGGGCUCCCCAGGGGACCGGUUCUGUAAGGGACGCCUCCCGGAGCUGGACAUCUUGGACAACCGCUUCCUGACAUGCACCCAGGAGGAGGAGGGGCGGCUGGUGUUCCACCACGCCCAGGAUGUGAUUCUGGAGGUGAUCUAUACCGAGCCCGUGGACCUGGCCCUAGGCAGCGUGGAGGAGAUCCAAGGACACCAGCUCAGUAGCAUGUCCACCAUCAAUGCUAAGAAGGACCCCAGUUGCAAGACCUGCAACAUCAGCGUGGGACGCUAACCGGAUAACUGUGGGGAGGGAGUCGGUGUUACUACUAGGUCCCUGCAGUUCUACGGAUAAUAAAACUUCUCUACCCCUAUUGGCUGUGGUGAAUCUCUAACCCUAUUGGCUGUGGUGAUUCUCUACCCCUAUUGGCUGUGGUGAUUCUCUAACCUUAUUGGCUGUGGUGAUUCUCUACCCCUAUUGGCUGUGGUGAUUCUCUAACCCUAUUGGCUGUGGUGAUUCUCUAACCCUACUGGCUGUGGUGAUUCUCUAACCCUACUGGCUGUGGUGAUUCUCUAACCCUAUUGGCUGUGGUGAUUCUCUAACCCUAUUGGCUGUGGUGAUUCUCUAACCCUACUGGCUGUGGUGAUUCUCUAACCCUAUUGGCUGUGGUGAUUCUCUAACCCUAUUGGCUGUGGUGAUUCUCUAACCCUACUGGCUGUGGUGAUUCUCUAACCCUACUGGCUGUGGUGAUUCUCUAACCCUAUUGGCUGUGGUGAUUCUCUAACCCUACUGGCUGUGGUGAUUCUCUAACCCUAUUGGCUGUGGUGAUUCUAACAGACUUCAGUCAUAUUAUACAGGUGCAACGUAAUGAUAUGCCGAAGGUAACAGCACCUUGACUCAGCUGCUAGAAACAAGCUGUGGUACCAGCUUCAACAAGACAUCAUGGAUUAGUAUUACGUAACAUUGUCUUGUAAUGGAAUGUGAUUACUGGAUCAUUCUAAUGUUAUCUUGUAGUGGAAUGUGAUUACUGGAUCUUUCUAAUGUUAUCUUGUAAUGGAAUGUGAUUACUGGAUCAUUCUAAUGUUAUCUUGUAAUGGAAUGUGAUUACAGGAUCAUUCUAAUGUUAUCUUGUAAUGGAAUGUGAUUACUGGAUCAUUCUAAUGUUAUCUUGUAAUGGAAUGUGAUUACAGGAUCAUUCUAAUGUUAUCUUGUAAUGGAAUGUGAUUACUGGAUCAUUCUAAUGUUAUCUUGUAGUGGAAUGUGAUUACUGGAUCAUUCUAAUGUUAUCUUGUAAUGGAAUGUGAUUACAGGAUCAUUCUAAUGUUAUCUUGUAAUGGAAUGUGAUUACUGGAUCAUUCUAAUGUUAUCUUGUAAUGGAAUGUGAUUACUGGAUCAUUCUAAUGUUAUCUUGUAAUGGAAUGUGAUUACUGGAUCAUUCUAAUGUUAUCUUGUAAUGGAAUGUGAUUACAGGAUCAUUCUAAUGUUAUCUUGUAGUGGAAUGUGAUUACUGGAUCAUUCUAAUGUUAUCUUGUAGUGGAAUGUGAUUACUGGAUCAUUCUAAUGUUAUCUUGUAGUGGAAUGUGAUUACUGGAUCAUUCUAAUGUUAUCUUGUAAUGGAAUGUGAUUACAGGAUCAUUCUAAUGUUAUCUUGUAAUGGAAUGUGAUUACUGGAUCAUUCUAAUGUUAUCUUGUAAUGGAAUGUGGUUACUGGAUCAUUUUACGGCAGUGAUUCAUUCCCGAUCGCGGGUUAUAGGUAUUGCGGUUGUUAAAGACAAGUUCCUAUGGAGCUGACAUAUGCAGCGUUUACAGUGAAUGGGAUCUCCACGAAUGAAGGAACAUUGCCUUUAAAGCCGCAAUGGGAUGGACUCCCAGCCUGAAGCAUGGCAGGUUGCAGCGUUACGCUGAGGUCAGUCUGAUGUCAUCACGUCCUCGUUGUUGUCUGAUGGGUUCUGGGUUAUAUGUAUUGCCAUCAUUAACAGAAACCACAUUAUCCUGUGUUCAACAUAAUAAACAUCACAAAACGAA